ACCGCCACCAUUAUCACCAUCAGCAGUAACGCUUGAACGUUUUCAUAAGAACUGAAUAUUUUCGAGCGGUUGAGCUUGUUGUUUACAGCAUUAUGUUGUGACACUGACGUUGAACUAAUGAACAUGUGUUCUGCAGGCCCCUACUCUUGUGCUGGUGCCUCCUGGUGCAGCUCAUUAAGCUAGAAAAGAAUAAUAAUAAAAAAAGAUCAAAAGUUCAUGGUGAGGUGGUACAGGGAAAGAAGGAAAGAGUAAACAACUUUUUUUUUUUCGGAAAACUGUGUUCAACCUGAGGGGCUUGAAUAGUUGCUUAGGGACACGCCUCACAUGCUUUUAGACACUAUAACGAAAAAGAAGACUUCGGAGGUCUUAAGAACCACGAGUCACAAAAACAAGAUUCAGAAGUGGACUGGCAUGGUGACUGCUGGACGUCCUACAUCACAAUAGAAGCAACAAGCGAGCGGCGCCCAUUCUUCCGUAUUUUUAUUGGCAAGUAGCAGCAUGAGCGUUUUUGGAGGACUUACAAAAUAAUAGAGAAGACACAAGAAUUGUAGGGGUCAGAGACACCCCUAGAGCCAUUCCCAAGACACAAGCACAAUGCCAGGUGUGAAGCGAGCCAGAGACAAUGAGAGGGAGGACCAUGACACUGAGAAUGAGGAGGAACAGGACUCGGACAGCGACCGGAGCUCCCUUGAUGAGUCUAUAUCCUCAGAUGGUACAGAAUCGGAUGACUCUUCAGAGCUGGAUGAGGAGGAGUGUGAUAGAAGGCGUGGCGAGUACCUGACUGACCUCACUGACUUGGAGCGGCAGUUCUCACUUCUUCGUGAACAAUUGUACCGGGAAAGAGUGACUCAAGUGGAGGCCAAGCUUGAGGAGGUGAGGCUUGGGGAGGCAGCCGAGUACCUUAUCCCAGUAGAGGAACUGCAAGAAGGCCGUCGUGUGAGGCUGGAGGUGGCUCAUGUCCUCCGUCAGUUUCGGCUGCAGAAUAUCACCAACAAAUAUGAAGCUGAGAAAUCUGCAUCACAACAAAAUUUUGAGCUGGGAGGUGCACUAAAGGGUUUGAUAGAGGAUACAUGCUGCAGGGAAUGCGGGAAUGAGAAGGUGAUGCUAUGGGAUUCCAUAGAAAGUGAACUGGAAGAUAAAAUUCGGCGAUUGGAGGAGGACCGCAAUAAUGUUGAUGUGACAAGCCAGGUCUGGGCAGAGCAAAAUCUACAUAGGAAGCGGCGCAGACAUAGACAGCAGGGAUCCAACAGUUCUACAGACCGCAAGAGAAAGAAACCAACAACAGUGGCUGGCCCAUACAUUGUGUAUAUGCUUCGUGAACCGGACAUAGUGGAUGACUGGACCAUGAUCAAGAAGGCUCUCACUGCCUCCAAGCGCAAGACCAAAUUUGGGAAAAUCACAUCUCCUCGUCACUAUGCUGAAGGUUUAUCGCUGUGAGAUUGGAUAUCACCUGUUCCAAAAUGUUCACCUGAUGGAUAUCACCUGUUCCAAAAUGUUCACCUGAAUUUGUGAUGCUGUAGCCUGAACAGUACAGACUGCUUGUGAAGCAGGUCCAAGAGGAAACCCCUUACACACUGUUGUGAUAAGUCCAUCACACAGCUACAAAAGAGGAUAAUAUUUUUAUCAAUGCUUUUUUUUUUUUAUCUGAGAUUUCAUGUAUGAACAAUAAAUAACUUAUUGGCUGCUCUCUGAACAAGAGUCAACAUCAAA